UCAGCCGCUGGAUAUGGGCAUCAUUCAUGCGUUCAAGGUGUGCUACCGGCGGCGCGUCAUCCAACGCUUGUUGAUCGCGAUUGAUGCUGCCAUGCCAGUUCGCAUCAGCUUGCUUGCCACCGUGGACAUGUUGAAAGCGGCGUGGAUGGAACUCACCGCGGAGUGCAUAGAAAAUUGCUUCCGCAAGGCGGGUUUUAUGGGCCCAGGCACCAAGGACGCCAUAGAUCACCCACCGGAAGGCCGGUCGUACGAGGACUUGUGGCAACGUGUCGUUGACACACAGCUGGCCGGACCUGACGUUGCCUGGGACGAUUUCGUUUCUGCUGAUGACGACGCCGACAUUGCGGAGCCAUGCACUGAUGAAGCUAUCGUGCGUGAAGUGCGAGCCCUUCCUGACUGCCCAGAGACCGACGAGGACGAUGACGAGGAUGCUGCUCUACCGCCGGUUGCUGUGAAUGCUUCAACCGCGAUCGGUUACAUCGCGCCGCUUAAGGAACUCGUGUGCAGCAGAGGCCUUGGCGAUGAACAUAUUACCGCGCUGGAAAAAUUAGAAACAGCAGUGAUGCGAUGUGCUUUGAAGAAGCAGACAUGCAUCACGGAUUUUUUUCAAAAAUAA